UUGAAUAAUUUUUAAAUGUCGAUGCAUAGUAGAGAGUUUAUGAUGACAAGGAAACUCUAUAUUAUAUAUAGUUGUAAAGAGAAGCAGAGCCACACAGAAAGAAAAUCUCAAUUGGCAUAUGAGUCUCUCUUUUGUAUAAACCAAAAAGAAAGUGUAGGAGUUGAAGACAAAAAAGUAGCAGGGGAAGCUAUGGAAGGAGGUAGCUCAAAUAAUACUGCUCUAGGACCAAAGUUGUCAGAGUUGAAAGUGUUACAAAAAGAGCACGAGGAAAAAAGUUCCAAAAUUCAAGAGCUCAAGAGACAAAUUGAAUCGACAAAGCACCGUUUGGAAAAGAAAAAGGAUGUCACAGGGGACAAAAUGGGAGGUUUCAAUGCCUUAAGCAAGAAGUAUAACAUCCUGAGAGAGGAAUACAAUGCAAUACUAGCUGAAAAACAAGGAGAUCAAAGUAAUUUUACCACUUAAUUAAUUAAAUUAUUAGCCUAAACAAUUAGUUUUGGUUUCAUAGUACUGAAACUAAAGUUUAUCUAAUCAAAGUUAACUAAUGUUUCUCAAUGUAUAAUUAUAAUGUGUGUAUUGUGUAAACCUUUGCAGUUUUAAUUUUAUUUCGUACGGGAAUUUCUACAAUUUAA